GACUGUGAGUCAUUGUUCCAACUGACAGCUCGAUGCAAAAGGUUGUUUUGGUUUCCUGGUCGCAACAAUAGCACAGCACAGCGGAAAAUCAUCGCUUUCGUUCGUUUAUUUACGUGUUUUCGUAAAAGAAAUGGUGAAAAUUUCAAACAUAAUAGGAACACUCUUCCACAAAAAUGCGCCAUCCAAGCUUGAAACGGAUGCGGCUCCGCUGCCACCUCGUCGAAAAGCAGAUACGCAGGAAGAAGGGCCACCAACGGCAGCACCACCACCAGGGAAUUUCCCAAAUCCAGACGUAGCGUUAGUGCCGGCGCUACAAAACUUGGCCCUCGUGCCUAAUGGGUCGCCGAAUUCGUUGGAGCUAAGCUCGGGCGAGAAUCACACUCCACCGGCGACGGUAGUGAACAAUGUGCAGCACAACACACUCUCAGUCCCGCAAACAUCCAUUUCCAACACGACCGGAAUGCAGGUGUAUCAGAUAAGGAACGCGACCAAUCUACACAUCGGCAACAACUACACGUACAAUACUGCCGUGGUGGAAAAUGGUGCUUCAACGAGUGGCUCUGCGGCAGGUACUUCGUCCGGUGUGAAAUGGGCCAACUUGCGGCUGUCGAAUACUAUAUCACAAAUGAUGCAAAGCCCGGACGAGGUGGACACGGAAAUGAUCGACACGGUGGCCCGUCACUUGGGUUACGAGUGGAAAAGUUUCGCGCGCAAGCUAGAAUACUCCGAGGGACAGAUCGAUGCCUUUGAGGCUGACAACAGUACAUUGGCUGAGCAAAUCUAUAGUUUUGUGUUGGAUUGGACACGGAACGAUGAUGAACCAACGCUCGGUCGGCUUGUUACGCUGCUGUGGGACAACAAGCACAAGGAAACAGUAUACUACAUCAAACAGGUGUGGAAAAGACGCAAACAGGAGAGCCGUGCUAAUCGGAGUUAGCAGUAUUUCGAACACGCUACAGGAGAAGCUUACAUCCCAUAUAGAUGUACCAUAUGAGAUUUGUAUCUCAUCAGUAGAUAUUGUGAUAUCGAACGUUAAAAAUGCUCGAAAGCGGAAGAACGCAGCGAAAGUGCCUUUUACAAACGUUACAAUUGAAUUGAAUUGAAUAUCCCAACUUAUGAUAAACAGUACAAUACGUAGGCGCGUAAGGAAAGUGAAACAUUUUAUGAACCAGUGGUGUAAAUGAGUAAGUAAUAAACUAACGUUAAAAUUUAA